CGUUGCUUCUUGCCCUCUUUCUCCUCCUCUUCUUUCUUCAGCGGACCUCACGCCCUUUAUCCUCAGGAAACUCCUCCAAACCGAAGCCAGAAAGAAGUCAGAUAAGUACGAACAUUUACCCUCUCGGUCUCUGUUCUAUCUACUUCUUGUCUGUGACAAACAAAACCUCACCAAAAAAAUUUGAAAAUCGCCGAAAAAAGAGAAAUCCCCCCCAUCCAUACAAAACCCCAUAAAACCCACCAAAUCCACCCACCUUUUUUGGAAGACAUUUACCCAAGUCUCCAAGUCCACCAGUCUUCCUCUCCCUCUCCCGAAUCUCGUCCUUGACCAGUCGAGUUCAUCCUCCCUCUUUGUCAAUACCGUCGCCCGUUCUCCGCGCCGGUUUUACUUGCUCCACACAACUCUAGAUCUCGGAAUCUACAGUUUAACCAGCAAAAAUGGCUGCCACUUCUACCGCCGCUGUCGACCAGCUCGCCGCUGACCUCGGCAACACCAGCCUCGACAACAAGGCCGCUGCCCCGGCCCCCAUCGACACCAGCGCUGUCCCCGAGGCCCAGGCCGAGGGUGCUGAGGCUGCUCCUACCCCCACUGCUGCCCCUCACCCCCAGGCUUCCGCCUCUCUCUAUGUCGGCGAGCUUGACCCCUCCGUCACCGAGGCCAUGCUCUUCGAGCUCUUCUCCCAGAUCGGCUCUGUCGCCUCCAUUCGUGUCUGCCGCGAUGCUGUCACCCGUCGCUCCCUCGGCUAUGCCUACGUCAACUACAACACCACCGCUGACGGCGAGAAGGCUCUUGAGGAGCUCAACUACACCCUGAUCAAGGGCCGCCCUUGCCGCAUCAUGUGGUCCCAGCGUGACCCCGCCCUCCGCAAGACCGGUGCCGGCAACAUCUUCAUCAAGAACCUCGACGCUGCCAUUGAUAACAAGGCUCUUCACGACACCUUUGCUGCUUUCGGCAACAUCCUUUCCUGCAAGGUUGCCCAGGAUGAGCACGGUAACUCCAAGGGCUACGGUUUCGUCCACUACGAGACCGAUGAGGCUGCCUCCCAGGCCAUCAAGCACGUCAACGGCAUGCUUUUGAACGAGAAGAAGGUCUACGUUGGCCACCACAUUCCCAAGAAGGACCGCCAGAGCAAGUUCGAGGAGAUGAAGGCCAACUUCACCAACGUUUAUGUCAAGAACAUUAACAACGAGGUCACCGACGAGGAGUUCCGUGAGCUCUUCGCCAAGUUCGGUGAGGUCACUUCUUCCUCCCUUGCCCGUGACCAGGAGGGCAAGUCCCGUGGCUUCGGUUUCGUCAACUUCACCACCCACGAGGCUGCUGCCCAGGCUGUUGAUGAGCUCAACGGCAAGGACUUCCGUGGCCAGGACCUCUACGUCGGCCGUGCCCAGAAGAAGCACGAGCGCGAGGAGGAGCUCCGCAAGUCCUACGAGGCUGCCCGCCUCGAGAAGGCCAACAAGUACCAGGGUGUCAACCUGUACAUCAAGAACCUCGGCGAUGAUGUCGAUGACGACAAGCUCCGUGCCAUGUUCUCUGAGUAUGGCCCCAUCACCUCCGCCAAGGUCAUGCGCGAUUCUCUGAUCGAGGGCUCCGAGGAGAAGGAUGAGAAGGACAAGGAGAACAAGAAGGAGGGUGAGACCAAGGAGGAGGAGCAGAAUGAGGGCUCUGAGAAGAAGACUGAGAAGAAGGGUGACCGCAAGCUCGGCAAGAGCAAGGGCUUCGGCUUCGUUUGCUUUAGCAACCCCGAUGAUGCCACCAAGGCCGUCACUGAGAUGAACCAGCGCAUGGUCGAUGGCAAGCCCCUCUACGUCGCUCUUGCCCAGCGCAAGGAUGUCCGCAAGAGCCAGCUUGAGGCCAGCAUCCAGGCUCGCAACCAGCUCCGCAUGCAGCAGGCCGCUGCCCAGGCUGGUAUGCCCCAGCAGUACAUGCAGGCUCCUGUCUACUACGCUGGUCAGCAGCCUGGUUUCAUGCCCGCCCCCGGCGGUCGUGGCGUCCCCUUCCCCCAGGGUGGUAUCGUCCCCGGCGUUCAGGGUGGUCGCCCUGGCCAGUACCCCUACCAGCAGGGUGGCCGCGGUGGCGUCCCUCCCCAGCAGAUGCCCCCUAUGGGUUACCCCAUCAACCAGUUCGGCCCUGGUGCUUUCCCUCCUAACACCCCUCAGUACAUGGCUGCUAUGGGCCAGGUUGGUGCUCUUGGUGGUGGCCGUGGCGGUCCCGCUGGCCGGGGUCCUCAGGGCAUCCCCGCCGGUAUUCCCCAGGGUCUCCAGGGCGGCCCUGCCGUUCCCGGCUACCCCCCUGCCGGUCGUCCCCAGAACGGUGGCGGUCGCGGCACUCCUCGCGGCAACGCUAACUUUAUGGCUGCCGGCCGUGGUGCCUCCCCCAUUCCUGGCGCUCCUGCCGACCUCAGCGCUGGCUCUUUCCUCCAGGCUCAGCUCGCUACCACUCAGGAUCCUCAGGCCCAGAAGCAGAUCAUUGGCGAGAACCUCUUCCCCAAGAUCCAGGCCAUCCAGCCCGCUCUUGCUGGCAAGAUCACCGGCAUGCUCCUCGAGAUGGACAACGCUGAGCUGAUCAACCUGUUCGAGGAUGACAACGCUCUUAACGUCAAGGUCCAGGAGGCUCUUGCCGUGUAUGACGAGUACCUCAAGACUCAGGGCCAGCAGCCCACCCAGCAGCCCGCUGAGGCCAACGGCGAGCAGCCCAAGGCUGAGGAGCAGAAGCCGGAGGAGCAGAAGGCUUAAAUGUGCCCUGAGCGAUGGAUGAUUUCCCACGCACCGGCAUAGGUGUUUCUCAGAUGUUUCUUCAUGUUCUCCAUUCAACUCUCUAGGGUCGAUCUCGCAACGGGGGGUCCGGAAAAGUUUAUUUGAUACCACACUUCGCUUGACGACAAUUAUGAUUUAAUCUCUCCCGAUCCCAUGCAACCCCAUCACGGUGCGAUGGCCGAAUUGGCAGUGGAUGGAUUUUAAAAAGUAUCUCCAGCAGGUGGGGUGCAGUUUGUUCCUUGUGUGCAUGACGACUUUUACAAGCAGUAUCUCGAUAUGAUAUUGAUUCAAAGUCAUCCUCAUGUAUUGACAGGCUUGCCUUUUCUUUCUCUCCUUGUGAUGGAGCGUGGUGUCGCAUCAUACAGGGUUGGCCAUCUGAAGGGGUAUGAUUAUGUUCCUUAUGUUUUAUCAACGAUUUGGCGUUUACGGUUAGGGAGGGAAAACUGGCCAAAAGUGAUUAUCUGCAAUUGGUCCGGAAUGUCGGGUUUCUUCAGCCGCGUUUUCACAGAAGGGGAGGUUAAGCUCGGGCAUCUUAGGGAACACAUUCUUUUCGCUCUCGAGACAGUAACAGAGCGAAUGUUUUAGAACCCGGUCAUGUAACAAGAGUGGGAAGGAAAGGGAUAUAGACCAGCAUCUUCAUUGUCCAGAUUGCCCAUGAGAAAUGGGGGUAAUGGGACUUCUUAUGGGGUUGAAUCCCGGAUGAAUGGCAGAAGGAGGAUCGAAAAUUGCUCAGCUAGAGGGUAGAGAUAAGCCAAUAGAUGCUAUCAAGUUGAUAUCAGU